AUGCGCCCUACUAGCCCAACCAGCUCUGCAACUUUCGUCGAACAUUCCUCUCCUGUUUAUAGAGCAAGUCCCAAGGCUAAGUGUAGGUCUCGGUCUCUACACAGGUCUCGGUCUCCCCUGGGGAACUACUCCUUACACUCUCCCUGGGGGAGCUACACCUUACGAUCUCCCAAGGGGAGCUGCUCCUCAUUUAACUCUGCUUUGUUUGACUCUGAGUCAGAGGGACAUGAUAUCCCUAUUGCAAGUUUUGUGUCCCUUGCCCCAGAGAUUCUGGGUGACACAAACAUACCGCCUGAGGAUCUCAAAGUGGCUGUUGCCGCUCAGUAUGCCACUUGCAAGAAGCUUUGCCACCUUAUCAUGACCAGGAUCUGGCAGGUAGAAGAGGCGAGCAGGUGGACCAGUUUCUUGAACCAAUCCAUCAACAAGUUGAAGAAAGAACAUGAAGCCGCAGAAGAUGGGCUUUGA